CUCUCUGGAAAUGCUUUCUUGAUCUUCGUCUUCAGAUCCCGACCGUGUCCUCCUGAUGCGGUCGGGGGGUUAAUUGAGCGCGCCGUCGAUUCGUUGUUGAUGGGUCUGGGGGGAAUGUUUGCGUUCUGGGGUUGGCGACGGCCGAAUCGUCGUCGGAUUGAUUGCGGUGUUCGUUAGAUCUUUAGGUGUUUGUUCUGUCGUCGGGUUGACGUGAUCGAGUUUGCCUUUUUGGCGAUCUUUUUGGUAAUUGAAGGGUCCUAUGCUUUCUGUUCUCGUUUAUCCGACGCACACCAGUGUGGUCCUGUCUUUCUCUGCUCAUUAAUUGGUGGGUAUUGAUGGUGAAUGAUCGAUCUCCUUUGAAUAAGUUGUGGCCAUGAGUAUACGUAAAGAUCUGACUUUGAUGGGUGGUUCGUAAUUUGUUUUUUUCUCUUAGCUCUUGUUGCGUGCCUUGAUUUGAUCAAUGGUGUUUCAAGUAGGAAGAGUUUGUUCUUGAAAUAACAUGAUGUGCUUUUCUCUACGAGCUCGCAGUAUGUUUGUGUGGGCGCAAGCAGGUCUCAAUAAUGUGUGGAGCUUAAGAUCUUACCUUGUAUGUUGGCCAUCUGGUUCUGGUGCUGCAGCACGCGCAUCUGAUUGUGAUGAAAUCCCUGCGCACCCCCGAGAGAGAGUGAGAGUGGGGAUGUUCUGUUUUUGUUUACCUGACUGCCCUCAUCUCAUAGCAGACCAGUGGUAGAUUCUGGAAAUGCAUGCAUAUGGUAUAUACUCUAUGCCAAGGACCUUCUUGGCACAAAGAGGUUCUCGUGAAGAGAGACAUAGGAUACUCAAGCUUCAACAUCAUAUAAUGAACGGGUUCUGUUCCAGGACUUGUGAUCGUUACAUCAGAUGCUUGUCUCUUCCAAUUUUUUCUGUGAGAGCACGUUUUUCUCCAUGACUGGUUUGCCAGCACUUUCAGAAUCUACUUCUCCAUUUUUUGUCCCUUUGAGAGAAAUGCGAAUUUGCCCACUCCGCUGGCUUGUAUUCGGUUAAAGUUUUACUCUUAUCUGGCUAGCUAUUGCAUCUUUCAGCUGAAAGCUGUGUUGAUCUUCUCAGAUCUGUUUAACUAUCAACAUAUUCUGACUGUUUGCAUCAAUUCACACAUACAUGAAAGCAGGAAGUCCAGGUUGGAUUGAUAACUCGACAGCAAGCCAUGGUUCUCGACACCGUACUAUCAUCUCCUCACCGGAGGUCACCAUCCUUUAGGAAGCAAUUCGGACGAGAAGAGCUGGGAAGCUGGUCGACCCUUGCACAGAGGCACCGCUUCCUUUUGACGGCCCUUGCACUUCUUGCAUUCCUUUGCACCAUCUAUCUCUAUUUCGCCAUCACCUUGGGUGCAGCCACAGCAGCUGCUGGGUCAUGCUCUGGCCUGACGGGGACUGAGAAGGCACUGUGUCAAGCGAAGGCUUCUGUAUCCAAGGGAAAGCUAAAGUUCCACUAACCUUCUCAGCAGGACAUGACUCGUUUAUUCUACUUCCUGCUUGUGGUGCAUCUGCAAACUCCAGUGGGUUAUAAAUUUAGAUAUAUCUUUUGCUAGUGUCUAUUUGAUUCCAUAUUUCUUCUCGACGUUGGUCGAGGAUAUUUUGCAUUGGAAGGGGGAUAGUCUUCCAAAUGUAAGCAUUCUAACAAAUAGGUCAGAUUGUGGGGAACUUUCAUUUUGAGAGUUGUCUGUGAACUUGUAUUGGUGAGUAGAAUGAUUAUUUUGCCUUCUUUCCGUCGUCUCGGGUUUCCCACAUUCUACAAGUUUUGAGGCCUGUACUCGUCACUGUUUUGAUUACACAUAUGAAUGAUAUUUCUACUUGGUGGUAAAA